CGCGCUCAUACGUCAGUAGCAUCGUGCAUCGGCAGUAGGGCCCUAAGAAUUCUAGAAGGGGGUCAUUAUACGAGGCCACUGAACGUGGCAAAUCCAGCCAGGAUACGAUCGUCGUUCGGCGCGAGUUGAACGAAACGUGCGCGAGGAUCGCUCGAAAGUGACGUCGCCGUCAGUCGUUGUCUUUGUUGUCAUCCGUCGUUUGUUCGUAAAUGAAUUAAACGGCAACUGCUUCACAAACGGUGCAGUUUCAACGCGUCGUUCUCUUUUUCUUUUUUUUUUUUUUUAUGCAAAUAAAGUGCGUUCUCGAGAGAAAGGAUUAAACACACAGAAGUUCCGGUUCCACGGGAAUUUAUUCGUGUCACGUUCUUCGGAAACAACAAACACAAUUGAGAUAUAGUGGUCAACUUAAAAAUUACUUGAUGCGCUGAGGAUGCGCCGUGAGUUCUGCAACGGUAGGCUUGCCUGCGCCGUUGUGUGGGUGUCGUCGAUUUGCCUGCUGCUCUCGUCAUCCGCGGCGACCGCGGAGUCGCCACGAACGGUCACCGGUCGAUGUCCGUUUCUUGACGAGCGGAACGUGUGUCCGUCGAGAGCACCGGCCUGCAAGAAUGAUCUUCAAUGUCAAGGCGAAGUGAACGAGCGGUGCUGCAAAACCGUGUGCGGCUUUCGCUGCGUGCCAGGCGAACUGACCGGAUGCGAGCAACUUGCUCAGGCAGCUGUGAGACGAUCGCGAGCCCUCGGUGUCCGGGACCCGUCGCAGUUCGUGCCGCAGUGCAACAACGUAACCGGCGAAUUCGAGAGAAUACAGUGCGACCAGCGCAAUUGUUGGUGCGUCAACGAGCUCGGUAUCGAGAUUCCCGGUACCAGAGCGACCAGCAAAGAUGCGAUUGAUUGUGACAAACCUCGCGCAUGUCCGACUCACAGCUGCAGGAUGCUUUGUCCCUUGGGAUUUGAGAUUAACGAGAGCACCGGAUGUCCCAAAUGUGAAUGUCGAGAUCCCUGUCGCGGUGUCAUCUGUCCGGGGACCGGACAAAUGUGCGAACUGAUCGACGUGAGCUGCGCGCGACCACCGUGUCCUCCAGUACCCAGUUGUCGAAAGGCCAAGUCUUUGUCGACCAUCUGUCUGAUGGGCGAGCCGCUGCAGAUCAUCGAUUCACCGCGACCGUUUCUCUGCGGCGUCACGCCGGGCAAACCGACGUGUCCGCCGAUGUACAGUUGUCAGGUGGAACCCAAACAAGAAUACGGGGUCUGUUGUCCGUCCGUCUUGAACCUGCAACGCGUAGGCACUUGUCCUGCUGCGGAAGAAUCGAUCGCGGACACGUGCGGGACCAGCUGUCGAUACGAUCUCGAUUGUCCUGGGCCCCAAAAGUGCUGCAGUAAUGAGCGUUGCGGUGGUAACGUAUGCACGAUACCCCAGGGUCUCAGUGUAUGUCAUCAUGAUCGCAUGCUCGCCGAGAUAUUGAGCGUCUCCGAAAGACAAGGUCGCGGCUACAUUCCUCAAUGCACAGAAGAUGGAGAUUUCGAGAUUAGACAGUGUUCGAGGAACGGUCUCGUGUGCUGGUGCGUGGACAGCGAGGGCCGAAAGAUAUCCGGUUCGAUGGGUCCGGCUGAUAAGGUUGAUUGUAAGUCAGUGAACAAGGCGCGCUCGCUUUCGGUGUCUUGCGUUCCUCAUCAGUGCGCUCAAGUCUGUCAGUAUGGUUUCAAAACGGACGCUUCUGGUUGCUCGACUUGCGAAUGUGACGAUCCGUGCGAGAGAUUUCCUUGUCCAGAGGGACAAGAGUGCAUUCUAAAACGAGAGGACGGCUGUUCCGAUUUUCUGUGCCCAACGAAACCGGAAUGUAAGCCCAAAAAGACUUAUACGAGUCCUUGUCUGUUCAGCACACCGCUAAUGGAUCAAAAUGGAAAUGCUGCGAUUUGUUCCGCUAACGAACCUUGUCCUGACGGCCACAAAUGCGUAUUAGUACCAGAAGCCAAUCAAUCGGUGUGUUGCGCGGAAGAAUCAAGUCCCACCGACAAGGCACCGACAAUGUGCCAAUAUCUGAGGGAUUUCAACGAUCGCAUGGAAGGUACAAGAGAGGGAAUGUCUCUGGCCAUUCCGGCGCCUCAGUGCGAGCAGGACGGUAGUUACAAGUCGCUGCAAUGUUACAACAACACAGGUUACUGCAACUGCGUCAACCACCGCGGCGUAAUUCUGAAGACCGGGCUGGAUCCCGCCGCGUCAGACACGUGUAACGCCAUAAAAAAACUCACGCGAUUUUGCGAGCACGUGUACUGCAAUCUGAUCUGUCCGUACGGCUACGAGGUUGAUGCGAACGGCUGCGAGCAGUGCCGUUGCUACGAACCGUGUCGCGACAUCACCUGUGGCCCGCACGAAACCUGCACUAUGAUCGACGUGAACUGCGGUCCGGACCAAUACUGUCCGGCGGUACCGGCAUGUCUUACAACUAAGCCGGGCCAGUGCCCGUAUCUCGUGCCGAGCUCGUCGAGCUGCGAAUUGGAAUGCAGCAACGAUCAGGAAUGUCCUUUCGGAGAGAAAUGCUGCUCAACCGGUUGCGGCACGCAAUGCGUAGCCCCUGUUAUGGCCACGGCCUGCCAGCAUGCUCGCGCGCUUGCAGAACACGCUGCCAGAGAAUCCGGCGAGCCCGCAAGAAGGAUCUACAUACCUAGAUGCGACGUUGACGGCGCGUUCGAGCCGGUGCAAUGUCACAACGGCAUGUGUUGGUGCGUGGACGAGGAAGGCAACGAAGCGGCAGGCACUCGGGUCCUCGAAGGAAUUGUACCGCGAUGUACCAUGCCCUUGAGGUGUCCAGAAACAAACUGUAAUCUCGACUGUCCGAGCGGCUUUGAGUUGGACGCGGACACCGGUUGUCCAACGUGCUCGUGCCGCGACCCGUGCAAGAUUGUGACUUGCCGCGGAGAGAACGAAGCCUGUAGAAUGGUUGAGGUGGCGUGUAGCGCACCGCCAUGUCCUCCCGUGCCCGUUUGCUUGCCGAAGAAGGAUAAUCCAUGUCCAAACGGUUCGCCGUUGCUCGAUCAGGACGGCUCGGUUGCCACUUGCGGUCCCCACGGUCGCCAGUGCCCAUCCACUCACAAAUGCGAGUUGUCGCCGCUAGACGAGUACGCGGUAUGUUGUCCAAAACCGCGCGAGGUAUGUUCAGAACCGCCCAAAAAAGUACCCUGCAAUCUCAGCGCGGGUGUUAACGAAACCGAACGGUGGUUCUUCGAUUCGGAACACAACGAGUGUCAGCGUAAGCUUGAGUGUACUUCUGGCCACAACGACUUCUCGAGCCGACCGGAAUGCGAGACCGUAUGUCCCGUUCUGUCGCAAUGUGAGAUGUUGCGGGAGAAAAACUUGAAGAAAUCCCAAAGGCUGAAACAACCCACGUUUCUACCUAAAUGUAAUCCCGAUAACGGGAUGUGGGAACCGGUACAGUGUCUGGAGCACGUUGGUAUCUGUUGGUGCGUUAAUCGCAAAGGACAGCCGGUCAAGGGUUCGCUAAUCAGAGGCGCCGAGCCUAAAUGUAACUUCCGACAGGCUAGACGAAACAACAGAAUAUCGCAAUCGCAAGAACUGGAUGAGAUUCAAGCAAUCAUGAAGGAUUUGCUUGAAGAGAACGACGAACAGCGUACGGAAAAGAUUUUAGAUACGAGAUGUCGCGCGAUGAGGAACAAGGGUCAGUUAGCAGCUAUGUGCGACUCCGAAGGCAGAUUCGAGCCUACGCAGUGCGUCGACGACACUUGCUGGUGCGUCGACGAAGCUGGCAAUCAAGUAGCCGGUUCCGAGCCGUUUCUCAAGGGAACGAAUAUUUGCUUGCCUACAUCGGUCGAAGCUGUUGAGGUGACAUUACGAUUUCCCGGUCACUUUCUUGCCACAGACGAGGCGCUGUUCGCCAGAGAGGUGAAAGCUUUUCUUCACGAGCUCGGCGCGAAGCUUCGGGAAGACGUGAAGGUAGAGAUCACGGAAGAUUCGGCGAUCCUGAGAUUCGAAAUUGUCGGUGCGAACAAAGUGGACGUGGCGUUUCAUUUGGAGGAACUCGUGCGAAUCCAAAAGCUGUUCAUGCUGGGUUCAUCGGCGGACGCGACAACCUCGCGCUUCACGCAUCAUUCCGCUCCCGCGGAAAUGAUGAAGAACGACGAGAUUGUCGCUGUGGAGCAACGCGAGAUACUUACGCAAACGGAAACGCCGCUCUAUCAAACAACGAUGUUUUUCUUCGUGGCUGGAAGUGCUUUCAUUGUCAGCGGUCUUGUUAUUUUGCUGAUGCUUUAUCGUAAGAAAGUAAAAAUAUGCAAAGAUUCAGUGCCGUUUGUAUCUCAAACUGCUCUGUUAUAGUCUCAAGACUGUAUCAGUCUCGACUCUUUUAUUAUGUUAGAACUUUUUAUACUGUAUUUAUUAUAUAAAGUUACAAAAUAUCAAUUACAUAUUGAAGUAAUUGUUUUCUUUGAAAAUCGACGUUCUUUAAACGAUAAUUAUAUCUGAGAGUGUAAAUUGUAAAUACAUAUUUUAAGUAAAAGACGAAAAAAAAGAAUUGCAAUAUUUGCAAUAUUUAACUGCACUAACGAUCACAAUAAAACGUA